GUUAGGUAGUUCUCAUAGUUCCAGUUUAAUAUUAAUAAUCUCUCUUAUUACAUCUUUAAAGGAGAUACCUUUCACUUUGUCCACUUUUGAUUAUCGUGAUAUUUUGCACCACUCCAUCAAAUCUUCGUCUGACUUCAGAUAAGUCACACAGGAAUUGAACAGGAUGUGUGCAGUUGAGGAGCGAAAUUUCGUCGAAUUUAUCGAAUGAAGACCCAAGAGACACACACAUUCAAGGGUUUUUCUAUUAUUGGUGACAUACCCCCUCCCUUCCUCCUGCCAAUCCUUCCUCUCUUCACUUUCUACAAUAGAAGGACUUCACUACUCCCAUACCGUGAAUUUUAAUCAUUUCAACAAAUUUUCAUUUCUCUUUCAAAAUUACAUUCUCUUGCUAUCUCCUUGGGUGGUAAAAAAUAUUCACCAUGAAUAACCAACGGCGGGGAAUUAUGGGUUCGGCGAGGAAGGCGGUCAUCUUCUUGCUGUUACACGCCCACUUGAUCAAUGGAUUUUCAUGGCGCAGUGUGCCAAAAGUGGAAUUAGACACGGAGGUGCUUACCGGCUCGGCUACUACAGGUGGCGGUCUAUCACAACUCCUAAGCUCCGGACCGCGAUUACCUAGUUCCUAUGAGAUAACCCUUAAGGAACUGCGAGAACUAGAAUCUGAGCCCCUAUGCCAUAGGACAGCCGCACGCCUAUUGAUGAACAAUUGCGAAGUUCUUGAGGGCAAGAAUGAGGCAUCAGUUCUGACUGAAAGUGGCCGUAAAAUUAGAGAUUUCGUUGACUCGUACGCUGCCAGUCUGGCAAUCUGCGACUUGGAGAGAGGAAGCUUCCAAAUCCCAAGUGAAUGCGCCAAUUUUCGAGAACCCAUUCUAAGCCAGCUACCACUUCAAAGUUUGGGACACCUACACGUCUCUUCUAUAGAAGUUGACAGCUGCCUCUCUGGCUUAGGCGAAUCCGACUCGGCCUAGAACA